AGUAGCUGCAAGCUACCUAAAACUCUUGAAGCCAGACUAGUGUGUAGUCAGUAGCCAUGCCUAGAAUAGCUGCAUUCAACUAGUUACUAUAGCUAUUAGCUACCUGGGUUUGGUCGAGGUUCUCUCCGGAGUUUUCCUCUUUGGAGCUUUCUCUGAAGUUUUUUUAUUUUCUGAUGUGUUAUCCUUUUCUCCUCGGACGGUCGGAGUUUCUUUGCACAAGGUUCGCCUGACGCCAUGAAUGAUUAUGCCGAGACCUCCUUGAGUAAAGAUGAGAAUAUCAAAAGGAAUCAAGACAGGGGAAACGGCUGUAAAAUAAUCACUGACAAUACAACGGCUAUCACAUCCACAAAGUCAAACUUCAUGACACGUGUUUUUAUUUUUGGACUUAAUUUAAGAGAUGAUCAACAGCCUGUUCUUGAUCAACCCUUCGGGGGACAUCUUCCUGGAGAAGCACUGGAAAAGUGUGGUCACUCGGUCGGUGUGUGACUACUUCCUGGAAGCCAAAGAGAAGGCUCUGGAACCUGAGGACGUUCCACCUGUCAUACACACCCCUCAUCACUACCUCAUCAGCAUCUACAGGUCAUGCAUGCAGUGUAUUAGGGACAAGCUGUUCUUCCUCUCCGUCAUCCAGACUGAGGUUCCUCCGCUGUUUGUCAUUGAGUUCCUGCACCGCGUCGCAGAGAUGAUCCAGGACUACUUUGGGGAGUGUUCGGAGACAGUAGUCAAGGACAACAUGGUGAUGGUGUAUGAGCUGUUGGAGGAGAUGCUUGACAACGGGUUUCCCCUGGCAACCGAAUCUAACGUCCUCAAAGAGAUGAUCAGACCACCCACCAUCCUCCGAUCUGUUGUCAACACACUGACCGGGACCAGUAACGUUGGAGACACGUUGCCAACUGGUCAGCUGUCGACCAUCCCGUGGAGGCGGGCCGGAGUGAAGUACACCAAUAACGAAGCUUACUUUGACGUGGUGGAGGAGAUUGACGCUAUCCUGGACCGAUCAGGUACGACAGUGUUAGCAGAGAUCCAGGGUGUGGUCGAGGCGUGUGUCAAGCUGUCUGGUAUGCCCGACCUCACACUCUCCUUCAUGAAUCCUCGUCUCCUUGACGAUGUGAGUUUCCACCCAUGUGUUCGCUAUAAACGCUGGGAGUCUGAGCGCGUCCUCUCCUUCAUUCCCCCCGAUGGGAACUUCACCCUAAUGACCUAUCACGUCAAUGCACAGAAUCUUGUAGCCAUCCCAGUGUAUGUGAAGCAGAGCAUCAGUUUCUUUGAGGGUGGUUCUGGUGGCCGUCUGGACGUGACCGUUGGACCGAAGCAGACCAUGGGGAAGACGGUCGAAGGGGUGAUGGUCACAGUCCACUUGCCCAAAACUAUCCUCAGCAUCAAUCUGACUGCCACACAGGGCAGUUACACAUAUGACAAUGGUACAAAGUUGUUGGUGUGGGACAUUGGAAAGUUGAACCCACAGAAGCUUCCUAACUUGCGAGGUAGUCUGAGUCUGCAGGCUGGAGCCCCCAAACCAGAGGAGAACCCCAGUCUGAACAUCAACCUGAAGAUACAGCAACUUGCCAUAUCAGGACUGAAGGUGAACAGGCUGGAUAUGUUUGGGGAGAAGUACAAGCCUUUUAAAGGGGUUAAAUACAUCACCAAGGCCGGGAAGUUCCAGGUGCGGACUUGAAGAGUGAAACCUAAAGGUCAUAGGUCAACUAGCCAACGUGCCUAAUGCUCUGGGUCAAAGGUCAACUCUUAUACACGCUAGCUGUCAACUAUUAUGCUCUUUAUUUGUAGUUCAGAGCCGUGAUCGGUCCAUUAUGACAAAUGUCUGAAACUUGUAAAAAGGUUCACAUCACAGCAGACUGCUGUGGCUCUGCAACAGCAAACUAUGAAUUGAGCUUUCUACAUGCCGUGUCAACUCUUCUACCUUAUGCCUUUUAUACCCCUAUACUCCCUCUGUAUUAGGGACAGAGCCUGUAUUAAUAACUUGGUUGUUUAUUUAAAUGUUUAUUAUUUGGAUGGAAUGGAGUUGUUGGUCUGUGAAGGGAAUUGUUUUGGACAAUCAACCUAUUAUUUCUCCUGUAUCUGGAAUUAAAUAACCUCUACGGAAUCUCACUGUGUUCCAGCACAGCCCACCUCUCGCUCUCUGUCUCUCUCGCUCACUCAUCUCCCCUCUUUCUUUCUUCUAUUUCUCUGCUUUAGUAGGUAAAGAUGUAAUAUCUAGUUUUAUAUAAAGCAUAUUUUUUGACCAUUUUAUUACUAAUAACCCUCUAAUGCUGAGUAACUGCAACCAAGAGUGGAAUCUCAUUUGGUCAUACAUGGUGUUAAUUAAUAUUCAGGCUAACAAUUACUGCAAGUAUUAAUAAAUAUACAUAAAGUCA